CAGCCGACUUUUUAUGAUUUUCCUUGCAACUCCUUCGUUCAACUGGACGUUUGUCGAUUGACUCCUCAGCCAUGUUGGAAGAUAAGCUGACGUCGAUAUUGCAGAAGUAUCUUGGCGAGUAUUUUUCUGGCCUAUCGAAGGAAGCACUGAAAGUUAGUGUGUGGAAAGGUGGGAUGCAUGUGGAUUAAGCUUUACCGUAGAAGAUGCAGAUAUUGAGUGAUCCCCAUAGACAAUUCCUGCCUUUCCAGGUGACAUCGAGCUCAAGAAUAUUAGCUUGCGACCUGAAGCGCUUGGACGCCUACAGUUACCAGUUGUAGUCAAGUCAGGGAUCGUGAAGGUCUUGCACGUCCAGAUACCAUGGAAGAGCCUCGGACGGUCGUCAAUUGUCAUUCAUUUGGACGGACUCGAGCUCUUACUCGGACCGAACGAGUCUGUCUACUUGGACCCGACGUCAGUUCUUGAAGCCAAGCGCAAGCGCGUUCAGGACGCAGAAGAGCUGAUCAUGUCUCGCCGCGAUGUCAGCGCCGGAAAAUCCACCGAAGACACCAGGACCUGGCUCAGCACAGUCGUCGAUGGUGUGAUAGGCAACCUCAAGCUAAGCAUCUCCAACAUACACAUUCGAUACGAAGACUCACUAAGUGAGCUUCAUGCACCAGCAGCUGUGGGAAUCAAGCUUGACAGACUUGCUGCCUUUUCCGUUGAUAAGAAUGGGAAGGAGACUUACGUAUCUGGCAGAAAGCUUGAUUGCACUCGAAAGGCAGUGGAGCUACACGGAUUGUCAGUUUAUUGCCAGACAACAUUGAAUGACAACGUGACUGCACCAAGUGAUCGCUGGCAAGUUUCAGCCUCUGAAUAUCUGGUCGAGCCUUUGAAUGGAUCAGCGUCAUACAGCCGUGCAGGAAAGCACGACCCUGCGCUCUCAAGCUCUCCCCAGCAAGAUCUGGCAGUGACUCUUGACAGCAUUUCAUUUACUCUUUCAGAGGACCAGUAUCAGCUGAUUAUGAAGCUUGCUGACAAGUUCUCAGCUGCUCAGCGCCAACAAGAGUUCGUUCAUCUCCGACCCUCAUGCAGUGUCAAAGAAUGUCCUUCCGCAUGGUGGAAUUUUGCAAUAAAUGCUACAUUACAGAGAAUAAAGAAGGGAAGGUCCUUCACAGACUGGAAUGAGCUGAUUCGCCGUUCCAGAAUAAGGAAUGCAUACGUCCCCUUGUAUGCAAAGUUCCUCCGACGAAGGGCUGCUCAGAAGCCAUUUGAAAAGGACCAGGAUCUUCUGAUAUUGGAGGCGGAUGUUGAACCAGAAGUUUUGCUUCAGUGGAGGCUUGUCGCACAUGACCUUGUGUCACAAGAACUCAAAAAACAAAAGGGAGAAGCUAGAAUCAAUGCCGGUUCGAGCCAACUUGACUCGGAGGACUGGACUCAGUUGCAAGCAUUGUUACCAGAUGCUUCAGGCCAUGAAUCCACCGUUUCUGAGAUUGUGCACACGCGGUGGUCUGUUCACGUGAAGAAAAGCAGAUCGAUUAUCAAGGAUUCACAAGGCUCUUCCCUUUUAAGUCUUAGCUGCAUGGGAAUCCAACUUGCAUCUAGUAUGCAUUUAGAAACCACUGAGUUCCGAAUUCAAGUUGGUCCUUACAGGGUGGAGUCACCAGAAGGGACACUCCUUCAGAGCGGACAAGGGCCUCAGAGCACCCUGGAUUUUCUAUUGGUGUUGCAUCCCAAGGGCCAAAACCUGGACUGGUUGCUACAUGGCUCAGUUCAGCAGGCUCAUGUUCUGUUCAUCAAGCCAAGCUUGGACCGCAUGAUUGACUUCUUCCAGAGUGGAGAUGCCUUGAGCCCUGCCCUUGCAUUGGACACUGCUGACGUUUUUGAGCAAACGGUUGAUGAAGUGAAGCGCCAGGCACAGGCACAGCUCACAAACUUCAUGCGUUCUGUUUCUCGGUUUGAGGUUGUUCUUGAUGUGCGUGCUCCGAGGAUUACGGUUCCUUCUGCAUCUGAAGGCUUUCAAAGAACCAACUUGGUGCUGAAUCUGGGCCAUCUCCUCCUUAAUUCAAGCUCGCAGCCAAGCAGCGCAUCCAUAUCAAGCACGACCUCCGACCUGUACAUGAAGUUUUUAGCCAGACUGGAGAACGUUUCAGCCUGCUUCCAGGUCUUUAAUGGUACUGCCAGUCCUAGGAAGCAACCUGCAGACACAGAAGUUCAACCACUGAAAGAAAUUCAUAUGUUGGAGGAGUGCACUUUCGUGUCAUCGAUGGAGCAGAUCUGGGUACCUCAGCCUGAUUUUCCAACAUUAAGAAUAAGUGCAAGGGCCCCUUUCGUGGCAGUUCACUUUUCUCCUGAGAUCUACCAUUGCCUGCUGAAAUCAGCUGCGGCUCUGCAAGGGUGUGACUCCCAAGCUGCAUCUGUUGUGCCAUGGGAGUCUGCUGAGUACAAAGGCAGCAUCCACGUUCUCACAAAAAAGGGCAUAGCCAGCACAGAAGUUGCCUGGCAAAGAAUGGUGGGAGCAGUGGCUGGGCCGUUUUUGUACAUACUCUCUUCAGAAAACAGCCGAUCCUACCAGCAGCGGAUCAGCCUUCGAAACAAGCUUCUUAUCUGCCUGGCACAAGAUGGUUCCAGCGGGCCAGAGACUGCCCUUGCAAUUUGCCCUCCUGGCUGCACUGAGGAGAAGGCUAUGAGGACCUCAGCCUCCUUGAUUUUCAAGGCCGAUACCAUGGCAUGUGAUGCUUGGAGGUCUGUCUUAUUCUCUGCCAUUCACCGAGCCUCUGUUGCAUCUUUGCCCCAGUUGAGGGAAAGUUUGUCGCAGGGGCCCAAACGCCAGUCGCAAGUUCGCUCGGCAGAUUCAAUGGCAGUGCUUUUUGUUGGAGAAAUGGAUAUGUUGCGGAUGAUGCUGCAUGGGAAGCGUCAUGUUUCUAAUCCACGCUCGCUGACUGAGAUUCCCCUUCUGGAGCUUGAUGUCUCAAGUGCUGUGAUUGAAACAUCACUUUUUGACAACUCUGAUUUGAUUUUGGGGGCAACGCUUGCAUCACUCGAAGUCAAAGACCUUGUAUCCUGCGAUGCUGGACCAUCGUGCCAAUUUCUUGCUCGGUCAACCGAGAUGUCAACAAAUGUCAGCAUGCCAAGAGAUUGGUCUUUGAAUGAGGGAGAGGCAAUUGAGGUAUUCCAUGAUGCCACAGAAUCGUCAUUUCCAACGCACCUCUCUCAAGAAAGCACUGGCAGACGGUCAAGCCUUUGGAGCAUGGCAGACUAUUAUGAUGCCAUGGACUUCCCCGUGGACCUUGGAGAUAAGCCACUGACUGCUGAAGAAGUUCCUUCCUUUGAAGGCAGGCCUGCCCUGUUGGACCGCCCUUGGAAGAGAACUAGUGCUUUUGUCCAAGUCCAGUACAUCAUGCGCGUUCCAGAUUCUCCAAAUCAUACCGGCGUGGAUGCUGAGCUGAUUCUGGAUCUUAGUGGUCUGAGUUUUUACUGCAAUCGACCCACUGUUUUGGCACUCAUCGGUGUGUCAUUGGACAUGACCACCACGCCCAGUCUUGCACCCGACCCAGCAAAGUCACAACAUGGAGGUGCUGAAGCAGAUUCUAGCUCCCUAUCAGUGAAGGCAGAGGCAGCUGAAGACGAGGAAAGAACUCUGUUCAGACUGACUAUUUGUGUGGAUGAAUUGCGGGCCACUCUGAAUCAAGAUAAUGGCCUUCCUCUUGCGGUGCUUACAAAGCAGAAGCUUAUGUUCCAGCUGCAGGUCGAAACAAGCUCUUUUUGUCUUGAUGCUGAGCUUGGGCAACUGCGAAUCUGUGACCUCAGCUUGGGUGAAGGCCAUCAAUAUGGCUGGAUGUUUUCCCCAAGAAACACCAAAGGCCAGUCAUUCGCUAAGAUUACUCUAGCGAGCUCCAACCAUAGGUCUUUGAAAGAGGAGAGUCCUGGAUACUCUCUCAGUGUGCAAACAUCUGAAAUUCGAGUGGUCUACCUGAACCGAUUUACUCAUGAAGUCACGUCAUACUUUCUUGGUCUUUCACCUCCUGAAGACCCAGAAAACGAUUUGCACUCCCCUCGAUCUGAAGAAGAGCCUCCUGCACAUGUCAGUGCUACUGCAACGCCAAUCAAGCUCGCGAUCACAUUUGGCGAGUUACUGCUGCUACUUCCAGAAUCAUCCUCGAGCAAAGACUAUUUAGAAUUUGAUGUGGGGAGGCUGGGAAUUUCAAACUCCAUUGAAAUCAUGAAGCUUCUUGGUGAUGGCAUGAUGCACUCCGUCAGCCUUGACGUCAUGAAAGUGGAGGUCGAUGGGAUCCGCCUGCAUGUGAUGGCCAAUGGCCAUCUCAGUGACAAUAUGAUCGAGAGGCUUGUGGGUCUUCAGGUGUCUAUUGAGAGGCCUUUGGAUGAUCCCACUGGAUCCUGGCCUGGCUGCCAUAUUUCAGUGAAGGUUGGCCAUCUCCAAGGAGGGAUGUGCAGUGCAGAGUAUGGAACUGUUCUUGAUUGUGUUUCUGGGAAUUUCUCGGAAAUGCCACGGUCAACCUUGGCCACGGUGCCAGCACCCGACUCCACUGCAGGGACCUCUGUUGCACCAUUGAAGCAUGUGGAUUUGAAGACAUCUGUUCAUUUCCAGUCGCUUGCACUCCUGCUGUACGAUGGGUCUUCACGUGAAACGAAAUUUGCGAAGCUUCAGGUUGCCGAUCUGUCUCUUCAGCACUUUCUGCACAGCGGAGGCAUCUCGCAGCUGUUUUUGUCUGUUCUUCGGGUGUUGAUCAAGGAUUUAACCCCUGGACUUGCAACGGAGGAGCGUUGGGUCUUGGGGAUUGUGGACAAUAUGGAGGAAGUGGUCUCAACAGCUGGAUCUGAAACUGCAUUAUCUGCUGAAUGGCCAACUCAUCUCUCAUCUCUUCCUCAUGAACACAGUGGGCCUGAGCAUAUCCAUCCGUCAAUGCCCAUGCUGAUUCUGGAAUCUCAAUUCACAAGCGCUGUGCAGUGCAUGUCAAUAAGGAUCCAGCGACCCCGGCUGCUGCUGGCGCCAUCAUUCAUCUCCCACCUCUCAAGUUUCUUCACUCGCUCUGAGGAUGCCAAUGCUGCAUCUGCUGCUGCUCCUGAAUGGAGCCAUGCGCACCACCUUCGCACACCAUACACGCUUCAACAUGCAUUCAGUGUCUUGAAGAUUUCCUCUCAAAAUCCACUUGUUGCUGAUGCGCCUGGUGUAACACGUUUCACAUUCGAUGGGAACGAAGGUUCCAUAGAACUGUUGUCAGCUGGGAUCACUGAAGGCAAUGCUGCUGAAGCUCCUCUGAUCAUCAUCGGCCCAGGGAAACACCUCCACUUCAAGAAUGUCCGCAUCUAUGGAGCUGUAUGCCUUCCUCUUGUGGUCAAAUUGGGAGCCGGAAGUAGUUACUCAGUGGAUGAAGCUGAUGGUGUCAGAUUGCUACCCAUGCGCCUGGAAAGUCGACCUUCUCAGCAGCUUAGCAAGGCCACAGCUCCUCAGCAUGUGCCUGAACAAUCGUCCGUGCAGUGGAAGUUUGAUCUUCAGGCCAUUGGGAUGGAGUUGAUUGCCAUGGACCAGGCAAGAUGGGCAGCACCAAGUCUUUCUCCGGAAACUUUGCUAAGACUGAAGGCUUCUUUUUAUCUCAGCAUUCAGACUGUGCGGGAUAUGUCGGAGGUGAACAUUGCAGUCAGGUCAUCGGGGAUCAACAUUGGCUCUGGGUUGUGCGUGGUGGAACCUGUCGACUGUAGGAUAAGGCUCACAUCAUCCACAGGGUACACUGACAUUCACUUUUCGGUUUCUGAUCUGCGUACGCACUUCACGUUCAACACGCUGGAGCUGGUCCUAAGGAUGCAAGAGAAGUUCGCCAGCUCAGUGUACAGUGUGGCAGAAAGGCCUCCACAUUUGUGCCUGCAGUUCAAGAAAGUCUGGGCCUAUGCAGGGAGAUUCGACAUGCAGAGGAUUUCGUUUUGGAGACCGAUUGCACCACCAGGCUUUGUCGUGCUGGGUGACUGCUUGACAACAGAUCAUGCUCCACCAACAAGGGGAGUGUUGGCCGUCAGCUUGGCAGGCGGCUAUGUGAAAAGACCAAUUUCUUUUGCAAAGCUAUGGUCGUCAGAAGAGGAACCCGAUGUCUCAUCUGGUCAAGGGUGCUCUGUUUGGGAGCCAGUUCCUCCACCUGGGUUUGUGGCUGUGGGUUGUGUUGCCCAUCCAGGGGCACAGCCUCCCCCAUCAUCUGCUGUGUACUGCAUAGAUGCCUCCUAUGUGUGCGCAGUAGCACUACGUGGCUGCAUAACGGUGGAAAUGACUGACGAGUUGCAAGCCUUCAAGUUCUGGAGGGUCGAGAAUGCAAUGAGCACGUUCUCUGCCCAUCAGGAACAGGAGGCCGCCUGUGCUUUUGCUUUCGACUUGCGCUAUCAGCUUCCUGUGAAUGACCUCAACAAUCUCUCUUCAGCACCAUCUGAUGCCGAUGCUGCCACAACUGGGGCUGCAGUUCAGCAAGUUGAUGAUUCGUUCACAUUUGAAGUUCCUUCUGUGGCUUUCUCAUCUCGACAGCAGGAAGGUUUUCAACAAACCCAUUUCUUCAAGCUAGUUUGGGAGUCGCAUGUGGGAACUUCCAGCAGUGCGGUUUCUGUAUGGAGGCCCCUCUGUCCGGAAGGUUUUGCAUUCGUUGGCGAUGUCAUCAGCCUUGGAUCUUCACCACCAGAAUACUCUGUUAUCAUUGAGGAGGUUGAUGAUGGUCUCCUUGUGAAGCCGUCAAGUUGGAAGCUGUUGAGUUACAUUUCUGCUCAAGGCACACACAGUAGCGUUGCUUUCUGGUCGGCAAUCCCACCGCCCGGGUACAGCACCUUGGGAGUGAUUGUGACUGGGGGGAAGACAGCUCCAGCUGAAGACAGCUUCCGUUGCGUGCGGAAUGAUGCAUGUGUGCCUGUCAAAAUCGCGUCUGCUUCAGUUUUUGAAGUAGUUUCAGGCAACAAAAAGCCCCUCUGCAAGCUCUGGCCUGUUGAGAAUCAGGUUGGGUCUUUCUUGGUCACCACUAAGAGUCGAAAAGGGCCACCUCGACGCCUUGGCUUAGGCUUUUUUGUGCUGGAUGAGCAGCGGCCAGUGUCACGUGUGUAUGUUGAAGUCUCACUACCUGUUUUUUCUCUCACCCUCUAUGAUGACUUUGGGAGCCUGGUGAGCCCUCUUGUCAAGACAAGUCUCGACAACCUGGUUGUGAAGUCACUAUACUACCGCAGUAGUGUUGUCCAUCAGGUUUCCUCUGGCUGCAGUGUGGAUGCUUUCAACACACAGCAGGAUGCAUGGGAGCCCUGUUUGGAGCCGUGGCAUGGGAUGGUCAGGGCUGAGUUAGCUGGGGGUGAUGUUUCCGAGACACCGCUUUCAACCUGCCGGGUGGUUUCCAACAGCAAGGUGAACAUUAACUUAUCAUCGUCGAAUGUGAACCAUUUCGGGGAGGCGUACUCGGACUGGCUGAAGCUUCUGGAAGCCAAGGAGGAUGCAGAAAGGGCCAUGCACUUGAUCGAGCAUGAUGAGGAUGAUGAAGGACUCACAGACGAACACACUCAUGCAACAGAACGGCCUGGCUACAUUGUGCAGCACAAUUCAUCUGGCAUUGAACUUUACUUCCGUUUAGUGGACAGGAAGUCAGGGGCUCGAGUGUUUUGCUUGCCAUCUGGCAGCCAGGCUUGCAUUGUGGUGCCAGCAGGGACCAGCUCUCUUCAUCCUUCAUCCGAGCAACACAGCAACGCCCAAAGAGGUUGCACCCUUGCCUUCGGCAUCGGCGAGUUGCAGAUUCCUAAGGACAUCCUCCCAAAUCCAGAGGAGCUCGUGUGUUCUGUCUCGUUGACCUCAGCCAUUGAUGUCAAUGGGUUUCAGUGCACUCAACAUGCACGGACGAGCAUGAAGGUUCCUGCCGGUGAUGGGAACAUGUGGUUGUUCUUUUGGAAUGAAGUGUUUCUCUUUGAAAGCACUUAUGAGGAAGGAGAGGCUGUGUGUGUUGCAGUGGAGCAAAGCGCUUUCAGUGGUUCUGCACUUCUCAGUUUCAAAUGGGCUCCGAAGCUCGCUGUGGAACAGCUGGGCAAUGUUGGAUCUUCGUCACAGUCCACAACUGCUCACUCUUGGUUGUCCUCGAAACAUGGCCCUGCUUCUGGUGAUCAUGGCACUGCUCAUCUCAGUGUGUUCCACCAUUGUGGCAAGAUUGGGGCUGAUGGAAGGCUGGAGUUUCUGGAUGAAGUCCCAGACUUGCCCAUCCAGGAGCGGUGGCAGCCGUUUCAAAUGUCCCUGGCUGAGGAUGGACCAUGGACUGCCAUCAGCUCUGUCUACGGUGGUGGGAUUGUUCCCAAGCAAGUGGAUGGCACCGUGCUGGCUGUUCAAGUGUCCAUGGUGGAAGGAGAGAAGCAUCUGGACAUCAGGUCAUUGGUGACUGUAGUGAACAAGACAGCUGCUACACUGGAGGUUUGCCUAUGCCCUCGCUCACUGUUGUCACACUCCAAUGACCAGCCCAGCAAUGCUGCAUCGCACGCUGCAGUAUCAGAACAAGCGAGCCAGAACUCUGCUCAGGCCAAGGGUGAUGGGGGAGUGGAAGUCGUUGAGAUCUUUGAGAACGAAAGGCAUCUGCCCUUCGUGAGUUGGAGCUCCUCUAACCUUCUCCCAAUCGACCCCAAGUGCUGGAGUGACCCCAUAUCAAAGACGUCUUCAAAGAAAUUCAAGGAUCCUGAGCUGCCAGUCGGUUGGGUCUGGAGUUCUGAUUGGCACAUUGAAGUUUCUGAACACGUGGACAAGGAUGGAUGGGCAUACUUCCCUAGCUUUUUGGAGGCAUCUUGGCCACCCAGAGGCACUGUGCAUCGAGUGAAAGGAUUCGUUGAUGCGGUUCGAAGGAGGCGGUGGGUGCGGUUCCGACAGCAAUCUCCAGGCACAAAAGCACCUGAUCGGAUUCUCUGUGGCUUGGUCGAACCAGGCGGCACACUUCCGCUGCCGGUCCCACUCCCGUCAUCAGGACAGACUGAACCGUGCAUCCAACUCCGGCCAUGUGUCACGCGAUAUGAUGAUUCUGCCGCCACUGCCACCUCAUUCUCGUGGGGGUCUGUCGACGCACAUGUGACGAAGACCCUCAAGGAGACCACCGACUCAAAGCAAGCACGUCUUUCCUUCUCAGACUUCUGUCUGACGCAUCUUGGGAGGACUGAGGAGUUGCUUUUCUGCCAACAAACAUCAACUGAGAGCGAGCAAUCAGAAACCAGCUGGAUGCUGGUGCAGGCGAUUGGCACUCCUUUGAGCAAGCGCUCAAGCUUCACACUGACCAUGGAUUGGGAGAUUCUUGUAGAGCCGCCCAUCACUCUUUGCAACUUCUUGCCAGAGCCAAUCACUUUGUCCAUCUGGAGCUCUGAUCCUCCAUCGACUGAUAUCCUGUUGAAGGAAGAGGAGCUGAUCUUGGAACCUGGAGCCAAGAAGGGCAUCUUGUCUGUCCACCCAGGGGGCCGUCUGCUUGUGGCUUUGAAGAUCCGAGAUGUGUGGAUUGCACCAGAUGAAUCUGAGGAACGCGUGACGAUUUUCCAUCCACAAGACCCCCUUCCAUCUGAAGUCAGUCUGGUGCAUAAAGAUACUCACAGGUAUCUCCAAGUGUCCAUCGAUAGGGCUUGGUCUGCCACAUUUGGCACGCUGAAGGAGGUCAGCUUCUCGGUUCCCUGCUGGGUUGACACAGCUGGUUGUCCGCCCUUGGUCCUCUCCCUGUCGCACACGACCUCUGUCACUGCCAUGGGGAGUGGGUCCUUUCAAAACUUCAAGAGGGCUUGGAAGGAGCACAAGGGGGAAGCUAAGAAACAGAGCAAAAUGCAGGGCCAACUUUCGAGGGAUGAAGUGGUACACGGUGGAGACGAGGGAAGCACAGUGAUGCUAUCCCGGUGUGGCGAAACAUCUGUAAUUCGCUUUGCUCUGGGCCAAGGAGGGGGCUUGGUGGAGGUAUAUGGGCCUGACCUGUCAAUUGCAGCUGUUCAAUCUCAGAGCACCAUGUGCAACUCACAGGCCACAGCAGCAGAUGGCUCGUACUUGCCACUCGUAGUUUUCAUGGACGUCAGCCCGUAUGGCUCAAAAGGAUCGAAAGUUCUGAAGAUCCGGCCAUUCAUGUCUCUUACCAAUCGACUAGGAGAGCCUGUCUUUGUGAGACCACCAGAGGCAGAGGAGCAUGUGACGGAGUUGGCACCAUCUGACUGGCACAGGCCACUUGUGUGCCCUCGCGGUUAUGAAGACGACACCUUUCAGGUUCGCACCAGCUCAUCCACAUGGAGUUAUCCUCUCAAGCUUUCACAGGAUGCUGAGGUGAUUGCUGUAGUGCGACUGCUGAGCGACAAUUCCCGCCGCUUUAUCAGAAUGGACGCCCGGUCUGGAGGUUCUGCAUCCAAGCGUAUGAUUUCGUUCCGGUUUGGAGGACUUCACCUGCCAUACAAGCUUGAGAAUCACUCCAGUUGCAGUGUCUCUUUUCGACAGAGUGGUCUAUCCAGUGCAGCAUGGGAGGUCCUUUCACCAAGGUCAGCUGCUGAUUUUGCCUGGGAAGACCCAGAUGGGGAUCUCUUUCUGGAGGCCUAUGCCCACCUCGCUAAUGAAACAACUGGAGAAUCUUCUGGGAGCGCAUUAGAUCCUCCAGACACCAUGAUGUUUGACCUCUCAGAGGCAGCGGACCUUGGCUCUCUUCCUCUGCCUGCUACCGGUGGUCACCUGCACGCUCAGUCAUUCGAUUGUGAUGGCGUUUGCAUUGUUCGCUUCACCAAUGGCUGUGACUCAACUGUGGAGGAGGAGGAAUCGCACCUUCACCAAAGGGAUGUUGAGGUGGCAGCACCAGCCGGCUCAUUGUUUGGGCCACAGCCGAGUGUCAAUCUCUCAAGCAAGGGCUCGAGAGUGGAAAUCAGUUUGGACCUCAUGAGUGUGGGGCUGUCGAUCAUUGACCACAGACCUCAGGAGUUGCUCUAUGCCUUCUCAGAAGGCUUCCUGUUGGACUACCGCUACGAUGGGCAAGAUGACUCCAGCAGGGUGAAGCUGAUACUGAAAAGUCUGCGCAUUGACAACCAGCUCCCUCUGUCGCCCCUGCCGGUGCUACUGUUCUUGGAGCAGAAAGGCGUGCCAGAAAAGGACUAUGUCUUCAAGUUCCUUAUCUCAUCGCGUGGCAGCAUGGAGCAAGGAGAAGUUUGCUACCCGAAACUCAGACUCUGGCUGGCACAGGAGGCAUGGCAAGUGAAUGUGCACGAGGCCAUCGUGUGGCGGAUGUGGGAGCUAACUGAGAGCAUUUGCUGGGACCACUUCGUUGCAGCAGGGGCUGGUGGAGUCGAUGGAGGGGCAGUGGCUGCUGUGCAGGUUGACCCAAUGAUUCGCAUAGACCGCCUUGUUGUCUCUGGAGCUCACUUAAAGCUGACACUUGAAGCUGAACCAACAUCACGCCCUGCACAGCUGCUUGGCGCAUGGAACAGUCUUGUCACUGCUGCAGGCAACACUAAGCGCAUGCCGGUCCGCCUCUCAGGGGCAAUAGCUGAGGCAAGACGACUGCGCAGGAGCAUCUUUAUGGAGGCGGUGGUGCGGCAUGUGAUGAGGGAUCUCUUGCACCAGUCACUGCGCCUGCUGUCUGGUGUGGACGUGCUGGGGGUCAUCAGCUCCACUCUCACUGCUCUCGGACACGGGGCGUUAAGACUCGUCCAUAAAGAGGACAUGAGCAACAGGCACUUCCAACAGGCUCUUGGCAACCAGCUUGACAACGUGGGAGAGGGUCUUCUCUAUGGUGCUGAGGCAAUGGCCAAAGGGGUGGCUUUAGGGCUAACUGAUGUCAUUGUCCGUUCCCAGUCUGGCUACGAGAACCAUGGGCCACCGGGGUUGCUUCUUGGGCUCAGCAAAGGCCUGGCAGGGCUUGUGCUGCAUCCAGUGACAGGCUUUCUGCACUCUCUGGCAUUCAUUGUUGCUGGCAUAGAUGCAUCCGCUGGGUCAUGCGCUCGCAUGGUGCAGCGCAAGCCUCACUUGCAGCGCCUGCGUCUGCCGAGGGCUAUUUCUGUCGAGGGGGUGGUUCACGAGUACAACAAGGAGAGCGCAGUUGGCCAGAUGGCUUUGUUCAUGGCAGAAGCAGGCUCUUACUUUGGCAAGCGUGACAUAUUCAGGGACCACUCCAAGUUUGCCCUGUCAGAUGCAUAUGUGAAGCACAUUAUUCUGCCCAACAGCCGCCUCCUGCUGAUCACCAAUCGCAGGGUCAUGAUGCUCAAGUGUCCGGUGGAUCCGGCUGGCCAAAUAGACUCCCUGACUCUGGUUCAAGUCCCGUCCCUUGUGCGAUGGGAUGUACCAUGGGACAACCUACUGGCUCUGGAGAUCAAGAGCAUCCGUAGCUUCCCUCGGCCAGUGGUCUGUGUGCAUAUGCGAGAGCCUACCCCGCGACGCCUCUACACCAUCAUCCGCUGCCCAGAAACGCAUCCUGCUGAGCAAGUGCUGGCUGACAUCGCCUUUGCCUUUGAGGCCUAUGGUCCCAAGCCAGUCAACAUUCAAGCAGGGAACAUCCCAGCUGAGCCUUCCCAGCACUCCUUCUUAUCCACUGCCACCAGCCAGUCCUCACUCUCUCACACCAGCUCAUCAGCCCGGCCAAUCCAACCAACACAGUCCAGGAGGUUUGGUCGACAGCACAGCGUCCAAACCUCAGAGCGGGCACUGGCAAUUGGCCGGCAUGCAUUAUCUUCUAGCGAAGACAACCCCCCCAUCAUGGCCCGUCGCUUCGCAUUGCCAUCCAUGCACUCUAACUCAAUCCCAUCGCACAUGGAGACGGAUACAUUCAUUCGUGCAUGGGUGGUUGAGGAUGGACAAUCUUUCUGCUCGACAUCUUGUCAAGGGGAUUCUGUUGAGGCUGGUCAUUUUGCGAUCUGGAAGCCAGUGCCUCCAGAAGGGUACAUAUCCUUGGGGGAUGUUGCAUGGAGAGGACUAACACCCCCUCCAGCUGUGCGAGUGUACUCCACCGCGCCAGCUUCAGUGGCUGCUGGCUCCUGCAGUGCACUUGCCAUGCCAAAGGAUUACUUCCUUGUGUGGCGGAACCGAGUGAGCAAGACAGAAGAUGCAGUCAGCAUAUGGAGACCAAUCCCUCCAGAGGGGUAUGUCUGCAUUGGCUGUGUAGCAGUUGGGGGCUAUGACAAGCCAGCACAUGGUGACCCGCGUUUGGCAGUGCGCUGUGUGCGCCAGGACUUGGUGAGGCCAGCAGAGGUGGAGGAGGAGCUGUGGCAUGCCACGACCAGGUGGGACCAGUCAUGGGGCUGUCAUGUGCAUCAGGUGAACAAUUCAGCAAGAACAUUUGUUGCGGUUAGAAGUAGAGAGGAAAUAGGAGGGGUUGAGAAUGGGUGGGAUGUCCGUUGAAUGGUUCACGGCCAAACUUGCAUUCAAGCACUUGCACCAGGACCCUGCAGUGUGGGAGGGUAUUCGUCUUUGUGCCUGACCGAAUAUGCUGAUUUCUAGCACUUCAGCACCCGUCGUUUUACAAUGAGACAAAUUAAGCAACAACAUUGCCAUGAACCCUCAUGCAAUGCAAGCAUGUAAGGAAAUGGUAUUUCCUUAUCCCGGGUUUUAGUAAGGCAUACACUGCUCUAAAGGGGUUGCCGCACAGUUCUGCCGUGAAAGUCAAAUGUGGUCUCCUGACGAGCCACAUGUCAACUUAUAUUCAUACGCUGUUCUAGGCUAGAUAGGUGCGUGCUCAUAGAGAGUACAACACACUAGCACAAAACCACCCUGUAUGCUCGUUUCUAAUCAAUACGUUAUUCUAAG